AUGUCCUCAGACGAAAGGAAAGAUUUGCCAGUGACCACUGAGCAGACUAAACAAGCGUCUCGGACUGCAUCACCUCUGUCAGGUGCCUCUGACAAUGAUGGCACAGAAAAGCCAGUCAGAGAGAAAUUGAAGGAAACAUCGAUUGCUGGCUUAUCUGCCCAUGUCAAGAAGAACAAGGACCGAGGCAAUGCGGACAACGUUAGUGCAGCGUCCUCAGCUGAGGAAGAGGACUAUACUCCAGAAGACACGAUGCUUACAGACACAACCUCGCCGUUACGAGGUAGACCAGCACGAAAGAGGUCUUUUGACGAUUUACAGAAUGAGUCCAUGAUCAGUAUCGACACAGUUACGCAAAAUGACCCUACACAAGCGGAGGGUACCCACAAAAGAAUGCGAUCCAGGGAUAUGUCGUCGAGCAAGAUAAGUACAAUGAACGGCAGGGUAGACAAGGAACAAGUAGUGCCCUUGACCGAAGAGCAUGACGUGGAAGCAGAGAAGUCCCCUGGUGGUGCUGGACUUAUGGUCGAGGCACCGUCGAUGGAUGAUCAUGACGACGCGGUAACUGGGAAUCAAAGCCCGAAGAAGAAACGCAGCCGAGAUCAGUUCGACAGAGAUCAUGACGGCGAAGGUGGUAUAUUUGAGAAAGAAGAGAAGCCUGCGAUUCCAUCACAAAAGCAACCCUCGGAGACAGGGGACGAAUUGACUCGAACCACCACGAAUAGUGAUAAGGGCGAGCCCGAUAAGAAGAGACAUCGAGAUGCUUCGCAAGAGGGCAAGAAAGCGACUGACACAGAGCAGGUGUCUCCAAAGGUUGAACAGUCAUCUGGAUUUGCCAACACCUCUGCUGUAUCUCCUUUUGGAACAUUAGCAUCACCUAGGUCUCCAUUAACCGCGACAAAGUCACCCGAACCUGAGGCCGCAGCAGUGGAAAAGCAACAGACCUCAUCCUCCGCAUUCGCAUCAUCUGGGCUUUCUGCUUUUGCCAGCUCCGGCAAAUCGCCCUUCUCAAGCUUAGGUACGUCUUCUGGCCCUGGCUCGGGAUCUGGAUUUGGAUCUUUUGGGCCUAAACCGGGCAGCGGCCUCGGCUCGUCUUCGGGCUUUGGUGGAGCAUCCCCUUUUGCUGCAAAGGCGGCGUCUGGGUUUGGUAGCCUUGGUGGAGGUGGGUUUGGCGGUGUAUUGGGUUCAGGCUUUGGUGGCACGAAGACUGUCACCUCCAGCUUCGCUCCGUCUGGCGGGCCCACCGGUAUCAUUGGGAGCACCUCGUCAAAGCCAUUCGGAAAGACCGACGAGGACGACGAGGACGAAGACGAGAACAAUGAUGCUGCAAGCUCGAAGGCGGAUGAUGAGACGAAUGAGAGAGAUAGUAGGUUUUAUGAACAGCCAACGGAAACCGGCGAGGAAGAAGAAGAAACCAUGUUCUCAUGUCGAGCGAAGCUCUUUCAUUACGAGAAAGAAUGGAAAGAGCGAGGGGUGGGAACCGUGAAACUCAACGUUCAUUAUCCACUCAAGGAAGACCCGGAAGAGGCGCUAGAACAGAAAGCUCGGCUGAUCAUGCGUACGGACGGUGUGCACCGGGUGGUGCUGAAUACACCAAUAUUCAAAGGCAUGAAGUUCGGUACGGUGGAUGGGCAGGAGCCGACGGGUAAGACGCUCUAUCUGACCGGCAUGGAGGAUGGAAAGCCCGCCUUGUUCUCGUUAAGGACUGGGAAGGAGGAAGUGGUCAGGGAUCUUUAUCACCGAAUCUCAAGCAUUCAUGACGGACUGUGA